AUGCCGCCCAAGAAAAAGGCCGGUGCGAAGGCCAAGGUCAGCGCAAAGGCAAGUUCGUCUGCCGCGGAUGCGAAUCAGGGCGAGGAGGUGACAGCCACCCUUCCAGAGAAUUUAAACUUGGAGCACGAUGCAGCAGUCAACCGUGCGAUCGAGAACAUCCUUGGAUGUCCGGCAUUCGCCGAUAUCCUGACUGCUGCGCCCAUCGGCAUCAGCACGACUGACGUUGAUGCCUUUGAGCAGAAGAAGUAUGACGCGGCGUUCUUUCGCCACGGGAAGUAUGCUGCGGCCGGAAACCUCUUCUGGCUGAAUCUGAGGUGGAGUCCCGCCAAAAGCGUACCUACCAAUCGCGAUGGGGUGAAGAUGCUGCAGGCAAGGAUUAAACGGGAGAGGAGCUUCGACUACAACCUCGUCGUUGCAGUGGCUCCUGAUGGUGCCUUGGAGCUCGGGAACCUCCGAAGGAUCUCGGCACAGGAGUACGACGAGGCCUUGCUCUUGCUGGUGAGUGAAGUGAUCGAUGCGGCCCCAGACGUGUCGGAGCUUCUGUCCCUGGGCUGUAUAGGAGACCUCGCAAGUCUCACCAGCGCGGCUUGCGGUGUUGUUUCAGACUGGUAUGUGACUGCGAGGUUCUGGCGCAAAAUCGUGCUUUCCGUGACCUUGUGCUUCGAGCAGCAUGCGAGUCCCAUGGACGCCUUCAUCAGAAGCGCGAUUGUCAAUCUCCGCAACGAUAUUGCCGACGAGUUCGAAGCUGUGCUUCGCAGUGGACCACAGAGAAUCAUGGAACUCAUGCUGUUCCGGAAGCGUUUGGAGGCCGCCAAGGGAGGUGGCAAAAUCACCAACGAGCAGGUGUACGAGGCCUGGAUCCGCCAGAUCCCGAAUCGGGAAUCCAAGGUGCUGGAGAAGGUGAGCCUGGAUUUCGUCUGCGCUGCGCAGAAGAUCUAUACCAGGCUUCUUCAGGACAGCGAUUUGCGAAGCUUGGUCUUCCAGUUGGAAGAAAGCUGGGGCAAGGCCAGCCCUUUUUGCCAGCUUGGGACUUUGGAAAAAGUCGUGGUCAAGGCGACGCCGAUCGGCUGGACCCUUCGCACCGUGAAGUUCAUGCUUGAGACACAGAUAGCCUUUCCUCGCGACUUCAACGCCAGCACGCUGGACCCUCCGCGUGGCAAGGGCCUCAUCACGCUGUUCAACUUCAAGCACGAACUGCUGCAGCACCUGCUGACGUCAUUUCUGGAGUCGCUGCCGAUGCCAUUCGAUGACAAAAAGGAGAUUCGAGACCGGUGCUCCUCGCACCAGCUCUUCCUGGACAACUCGCGUCCCGAGAACAUGCAGUGGCAAAGCACAGUGAGUGAGGCUGCGCGGAAGGUUAUCGCCUUCCUGAAGGCAGAUGUCUACGGUGUGACCAACGACGGCCACUACAAGACUUCCCUGCGCGGUACCAUUGUUUUCAAAGACUUGUUGACGCAAUGCUCCCACUUGGUGCCCGGCGCCCCUGCAGCGGCGCCGGACAUGAGUUUCGUGGACCCUAAGAUUGUAGCGGUGGAUGACUCGAACGAGCUUGCAAGGUGGCAGGAACACAUCCAGACAACAACGGACCAAUUCGUGAAGCUCAUUCCUGACACUUCAUCCUCCUACACAGAGCUGGCAGCGGCUCUCGGCAACACGGUGGUGAAGAGCUGCAGGCCGUAUGAUGCAAAUCUCCCGCCCACCGCUCCUUCGCAGGGAUCUGUCAUGUUGUACAUGGACACGAAAACAAUGGGGGAAGCCUCGGCUUUGCCUCAUUGCCGGCUCCCGCCAUUCCAAAAGUCCUGGGUCACCAAGUUCCUCCAUGGCUUCGUGAAAGCUCGCUUCGAGGGCGUGGGUGAGGACCCGAGCCAGGAGGGCGAGCUCAUCAGAGGGGACAUUGUCGCGAUCUUAGACGGGGGCCGCGAGGGCCUCUCGUCGCAAAUCGCCAGCGUCUUCACCAAUUAUGCGGCGACGACGGGCAGCAACAUGAUGACCAAGGCCCGCAAUCCUUUCUAUGUGGUUUACUCUUUGGAGGGUAUCCAAGACAGCAGAGAGCGCAUUCGCGGCAUCUGCAAUCAGAUGGAGUCUAUGAGCAUCUACAGUCUCGAUGGGUUGUGGCUUCCCAAGCGCAAGCGCAUUGUGCUCGAUGGCGCCAACAAUGGCAACGUCUUUAACCCUGUUGCAGGGCUACCAGAUGCCCCGCUUUGCUUAUAA